UCGAAAUUUUAGGUUAUGUUGACAAAUUGUCAAUAAUUGAAAACAAGGUGCAAGAAGUGGAGAUUUCGUGAGUUACAAAACAGUAAUAAUUAUUAGAAGGUUUUCGACAUGGAUCUCGAAAAAAUGUCAAAUCUCGUGAAACUAAACCUCUGCCGAACCUACUUCAAAGCUGGAUUUGCCCUGUUACCCUUUGUUUGGGCGGUGAAUGCUGUGUGGUUCUUCAACGACGCCUUCAGGUCAGACGAUUUCGAUGAGCAGAGAGAUAUAAAGAAAUAUGUCAUUUAUUCAGCCAUUGGAGCUACAGUUUGGAUUGUUGUGCUUACGGCUUGGAUUAUUACUUUCCAAGUGAACAGAGAUAAUUGGGGUGAAUUUGCGGAUAGAAUAUCUUUCAUCAUUCCCCUUGGCCGAUAGCUCCUUUCCUAGAGGUGCAGUUCUAUUGAGGAAGUAAACUGAGAAAUUUAAUUUAUUCGGAAGACUAUAAUCGACAUUAUUUCUAAUUUUUUUUAAGAAUAUUGUAGAGAAUAAUGGCACAUUUCUGGCACAGACCAAUUUUCUAAUAUAAAUUGUAAGCUUGUAUAUGUUGCCCCAAUAUUAAUCUUCAAUUAAGAAGGUUGUUGUAGUUUUACUCUUCCCAAAAUAUCAAUAUAUGACUUGGAAUUUUGAUAAAAUAAAAAACAAAAAUUUC